GUUUUUACAUCUUUUUUCGGAGCUGAAGACUACUGUUCAUUUGAAGCAGAUUUUAUCUGCAUUUUCCAGCUCAAAGGUUACCCUACGGGUAUUUUCGUGUAGGCUAUACGCAUUUACAGAUUUUAUCUGCAUUUUCCGGCUCAAAGGUUUCUCUACUGGUUGACCUUUUGCAACCCGCUGCGGUUAGAACUGUGUGCCUAGUCGUUCAAGUGCAGUCAUUGCGAGUAUGUCAAAGAGAUCAGGAGGCGGUGGUCGGAGCGUGCAAGUAAGCGGCUACACACGAUCAAAUGGCACCUACGUUCAAGGUUAUACACGCUCUGCGGCGAGCUCCAGUGGAAGCAGAGCGUCUUCUGCAAGUUCAAGUCAAUCUAGCUUUGGUGGGGUUCACGUGAGCGGUUACACACGAUCAGAUGGCACGCAUGUUGAAAGCUACACACGUUCUGCACCAAAUGCUAGUGUAAGCAGAGCGUCUUCUUCAGGGUCAAGUCAGUCUGUCUCUGGUGUGGUCCAAGUGAGCGGUUACACUCGGUCAGACGGUACCAACGUGGAGGGAUACACACGAUCUUUACCGAGCUCCAGCGCUUCGUCCACUGCCAGCAACUCUGGUACUGUUCAUGUAAGCGGUUACACUCGCUCAGAUGGAACAUACGUGCAACCCUACACAAGGUCUUCUCCUGCUAGUGGAUCUGCCACCAGCAGAGAGGCGUUGGAUCUUGUCCAAGUGAAAGAGUACACCAGAAGUGAUGGCGUAAUAGUGAAAGAACACACAAGACAGAAACCACAGACCCCACAAAAGGACAGCAGUGCAUCUUCUAAAAGUAUUGGUGAUGCAACAGGAAGCAGUGCAACUUCACAGCCAUCAAAAGAACGAACAUACGUUGACAAUCCUAUGAACAGAAGGCUGGGAAGAGUUGGUAAAGUGAUACCUAAACGAAACAUUGUACGUCGAGAUAUUAGGGACAACAACACGAUCCAGGAUGUUAUCGACAUCUUGAAAAACAUGGCAAUUGAUAAUGAAAGGCGAUGUGACUACCAGUCAGCUCUUUAUGACCUCCAAAGAAGUGAAUUGGAAAAUCAGUUCAAAUCAUCUGGUAAAGAACCAGUCACCGAACAUGAAAAGCUGAGAGAAUUUACUGCCAGCUCUGGGAUGAAGCUAGCUAUUAUUCCCUUUAAAGAACUGGAACUCCAAGGUGAAGCUAUUGGGAAAGGAUCAUAUGGAGAAGUAUAUGCAGCAACUUUUAAAGGAACUGUUGUCGCUUUCAAGCAGCUCUUGUAUCAACACAUGUCGACAAAGCGGCGUGACAAAUUUGUAAAUGAGAUCUCAAUUCUUUCAAGUCUAGAUCAUUCCAAUACUGUCAAACUGUUUGGAGCAGUGGUUGACCAGGAUCACCUUGGCAUUGUCAUGGAGUACCUUCCUCGUAGUUUGUUUCAUGCCAUCUUUAUUGAUCUCACAGAGUUUGAAGAAGCAGCAAAGAAAAAGCAAGUGUUACAAGUAGCCGAUGCUCUGGUGUAUCUCCACACUAAUCAGAUAGUACACUGUGAUGUGAAGAGUGAGAACGUCCUUUUGGACAAGAACGACAAUGCCAAAUUGGGUGAUUUUGGUCUCAGUGCUGUGAAGUCUGCAACACAGUCAUCUCAAUCCGGUCUGCCAGAUCAUCGCGGUCAAGGUACUCCACGAUAUUCUGCACCUGAAGUUCUGCGAGGAGAACUCCUUAAUUUUGAAAAGUUGCGUCUCACUGAUGUCUACUCGCUUGGUAUUGUUGCAUUUGAAGUGUUGGCCGAGGAAGAGCCUUUUGAAGGUCUGAGUGUGAAGCAGUUGGAAAAAAAUGUUGGUCAUGGUAAAGUACGUCCUAACAUUCCUUCUUGUGUGUCACAAGCUAUUCAACAUUUGCUGCAAAGUUGUUGGAGUGCCGUGGCUAAUGAUCGACCUUCUAGCGAAGAAUUCAGAAAUGUUUGGGAAUCUUCAGACUUGUACUGUACGUCGAGUGAAACACAUGGAUGUCUUGAGUUUUGUGUUAGCAAGUAAAAGUAACUGUCGACUGAAUGUGCUGUCUUUAGACGGAGACUUUUCUGUAAUAUCAUAUGCUUUGUGUUUUAGCUGAAAUCUGUAUUUUAACAUUGCGCAUAGCAUCAAUUUGACUGUAGCAUCAAAUUGGGAUGCACAUUUGUAUGACUGUUCUCUUGGAGUUAGAAUUAAAGAGCUGCUUGGAUUUGAUUUACUAUUGUGAGUUUGCAAACAUUUCGUAUUUAGAAAGCUCAUAUUCAUACAUUGGAAUGAGCUGC